AUGAUACUACUUAAUUGUUCCACCAAACUUCAGAUGCUAGAGCAAAUGUUGCGGAAUAACUUUCCUGAAUCACUUAAGGUUUAUGGAGCCGUAAUGAACAUGAAUCGUGGAAAUCCCUUUCGGAAGGAAGUUGUAGUGGAUUCAUGGCCAAACUUUAAAACUGUCAUCACUCGGCGCCAGAAACAGGCUAAGACAGAUGACCUGGACCAUUAUACCAAUGCCUAUGCAGUCUUCUAUAAGGAUUUCAGGGCUUAUCAUAAGCUUCUACAGGAGCCUGAUGUUAUCAACUGGGAACAAGUCUUUCAGAUACAAGGACUCCAGGAUGGAAUAUAUGAAGUUUCCAAGGCUGUUGCAAACUCGAAACAGUUGGAUGUAAAUUUGACUUCUUUUAAGGCAGUCGAAUUUUCCCCAGUCCCUAUGCCAGAUGCCAAUUCCCGAGUGGAGUCUUCCCCUCGGUUGUCUUACCUGAGUGUUGCUGAAGCUGGUCUGCUAAACAGAACUUGGUCCCGGGGUGGAAAUGAACAGUGUCACCAGUACCUUGCGAACCUCAUCUACUGCUUUCCUAGUGUGUGUGUCCGAGAUGAAAAUGGAAAACCAGUUUCUUGGGGUCUUACAGACCAAUUUUCCACAAUGAUUCAUGGUUACACCUUGCCAGAGCAUCGUAGGAAAGGCUAUAGCCGGCUGGUGGCUGUAACACUGGCCAGGAAACUCCAAAGCCGAGGAUUCCCAAGUCAAGGCAAUGUCCUAGAUGAUAACACAGCAUCAAUAAGUCUUCUUGAAAGUCUUAAUGCUCGUUUUUUACCUUGCCGUUUUCAUAGACUUAUCCUCACGCCUAAAGCUUUAUCUGUCUAGAUAGAUAUAUCCCUAAAGCAGAAUUGACAUUCUUUCUACUUUUUCUACCUACUCAAUAUUUCCUUUCCUGCCAGGGAGGAAGGCAUCGAAAUGGAAGUAUGAGAGUCCCAAUAUUGUCCUGGGGAAAAACAAAAAUAAAACAUGAAGGAUCAGAUCUAGGAGACCAUGGUUCGAUUCUUCCCAGGCCCCUUUGGAAGUAACUAAAAGUUCAGGAGCUAUCAAAAAGUAUUUUGACUGCCAUUCUUUGGUAUUCAGUUCAGGAAAUUUCAUGUUUCAGUUUCAUGGAUAGGCUAAUGUGGGAGUCAGCAGCCCUUUCUUAGCAUGCAUGACAAAAGCUAACAUCUCAGAAUAAAAGACUUGAUACAUAAACAUUUGGCUACAGCUCACUUGGUAUAAUCCAGGUUAUUAAUUCAAUUCUUUAACACUUUGGCCUCCCUAUAUUAAUCCCCAUAAUUUUCUUUCCAUCACUUUUGACUCAGCUUUAAAUAUAUUAUUAAUCUUUACUUUCCUUUUUCCUUUAUCUUAUUGGGACUCACCUUUUUGUCUCUAAGGGUUAAUUCCUAAGUCAGUAAAUAGAAUGCUGAGUGUGGAAUCAAGAAGAUUGGAAUUUAUAACCUCAGAUACUAAUUGUGUGACUCCAUCUGACUGGCUUUCCUGAACAAUAAAAUAGGGAUAAUAAUAACACUUAUCUCAGGGAAUUAUUAUGAAGAUCAAUUGCUAAAUUUGUUAAGCACUUAGCAUUUAGUUAAGUCAGUACCUGGCAAACAGAAAGCACUUAAUAAAAAUUUGUUCUCUUCUUUCCCUUUACUUCCCACCCCUUUCAUAAUCUACAUUCCUUGGAUGACAGAAUAAUAGUGUAUACUAUUUAACUACUAAGCACUGGAUGUUGCUGUUACUGUUUCUAAGCCAACUACUAUACCUCUCUCUAUUAUUUUGCAACUUGUCUCCUUCCUUCCACUUGCCUUCUCCAUCUCUCCACUAGUUAACUUUAAAGGUAGAAACCUUUCUCAUCUAAGGCAUGGUUUGUAACUGUCUUUGGUCCUAAAUACAAGGAAAUGAAACUGUUAUGUUAUAGGAAAAAGCUUUGGCAGACAGAAUGAAAUACUUGAAUCUCUCUGGAUCUUUUUUUUAAAUAACUUUUCCAGACUUCCAUCUGAUAACAAUAAAACAAUUGUUACAA